UAUAAACGACAAUAAUUCUGGAACCUGCUGUGUGUAUGUAUCCAUAUAAAUAUACUACACAACCUCACCAAGUAAACCAUGUAAAAGCCUUUUGGUAGGGUUUUCAAAAAUCAAUUUGAACUCGUACAAAAACAUUUCUCGUUGGAAUUGCAACUCUUUAAACAAAUUGAAAAAGAAAAAACACCAACAACCCCAAGAAAAUGGUGAAAGAGAGCAGUAGCACUACAACAGGUGAUGUUGAUGAAUUGAUGAACAUGGUGGUCAAGCCUGCAUGGCUUGAGGGAUUAAUGGCACAGACCUUUUUUGGGGCUUGUGGACUCCAUGAAAAUUGCAGGAAGAAUGAGAAGAAUGUCUUUUGCUUGCUCUGUUGCCUUAGUAUCUGCCCUCACUGCCUCCCUUCUCAUCGUUCCCAUCCUCUCCUUCAGGUGAGAAGAUAUGUUUACCAUGAUGUAAUUCGACUGGGUGAUCUUGAGAAGCUCAUUGACUGCUCCUAUAUUCAGCCCUAUACAAUUAAUGGAGCCAAAGUGAUAUUCUUGAACCAGAGGCCACAGUCCAGGUCCAAGGGCUCUGCAAAUAUCUGCUUCACUUGUGACAGGAUUCUGCAAGAGCCAUUCAACUUCUGUUCUCUGUCCUGCAAGGUUGAUCACUUGGUAUGUCAAGGCGAGGAUCUAUCUGGUAUUCUCUACAAGAUUGAUGAAUCAGACUUGGCAUUCUCGCAAUUUGAGGGAUUGAGAGUGGACAGUUCCGAGAUCGCAGAAGACGAUUGUCAAAUUACUCCCAACUCCAUCUUGGAGGAUCCAUUGCAGUACAGAGGAUCAUCUUGCUCUUGCUCCAGCGAGACGACGGGUAAUUCUGGAAUUUCACAACAGGAAGAAAUUAUAAAGAAGAAGAAAAAGAAAAACAGUGGGUUCCUGCCGGGUAUAGUUAAUCUUUCCCUCGGCAAUAGAAGGAAGGGUGCUCCUCAGAGGGCUCCACUCUCUUGAAUCAAAUCAAAAAUUAAAAAGAAAGAAGUCUAGAGAUGAGCAAAAAAUAAAAUAAAAUAAAAAUGGAAUGAUUUGGAGGAUGUAUAAGUUUUUGUUUGUGUGUGUUUUGAUGGGAAUUUGCAUGGAGCGGAUGGAUUUGGAUUUUGGGAGGAGCAUUUCCAUUACCCAAUUUAUAUAGGUGGAAUAUGUGAAGGGGGUUUGAUUAAAAUGGGUUUGCAAGGCUCU